CCGCAAUUCCGGCGUGCGACGAUGACGAGUUCGCGGUCUAAGACAGGGACUAAACACUGUGACGUCGGGGUUGGCUAGAUCCAUCACGGCAAGCGAGACAACAGCCCUCCCCUUCACAUCCCCUCUACCACGUCCACCACCAGCACCACGCCUGAACACCCUUAAUCCUAGCAAGCACCCCUGACCUGCCUCCGCGGAUUUCACACGUGCCCAUUGUCCAGAACACGCCUUUGUCGCAUGCGCCGUACAACGUAGCCGCGGUACUGCAACAGCCACGAUUACCAAUCCCACCCGCCGCCUCCCUCGCACCAUCGCCAUGUCUGUCGAGCUCGACCCCGUAGAGCUUGGGUUCAAGCGUCCCUUCCAGCAAGAGGUAUCGCAGACGCUCCGUCUCAAGAACCCUCACUCGGACCCCGUCGCGUUCAAGGUCAAAACCACCGCCCCCAAGCAAUACUGCGUGCGACCGAACAGCGGACGCAUCGAGCCUGGGCGAGAUGUCGAAGUUCAAAUUCUCCUGCAGGCCAUGAAGGAAGACCCACCGCCAGAUGCCAAGUGCCGCGAUAAGUUCCUCGUCCAGUCCGUCCUCGUUACCGCAGACAAAGAGUUCACCAAUGUUGGAUCUCUGUGGGCACACAUCGAGCAGACUGCGAAGUCGUCCAUCCAGGAGAAGAAGAUUAGAGUUCUGUUCCUGUCUGCCGAUGACGACUCCUCCUCCACACCUGCAAGGACCAACGGUGGCAGCCGCGACUCCAUGCUCUCAUCGCCCCAGUCGGAAGCUGCCGUAACCCCUAUGCGCGGUCCUACAGACCAGGCGCAAGGCCCUGCUUCGCGCAUCGAGGAUCGCCCCGCCGGUAGUAAGAACCUCGGCGAGAUUGAGCGCGAGGCCUACAACCCCGCAACCGGCUCUGGUGCUGGUGCUGGCAUUCAGCAGACUGUGGCCGCAGCUGCAGCGAGUGUAUCGAAUGCCAUCCCCACAUCGCAGGCUGAGCUCCAGGCUCAGCUCGACGCGGCGAAGCAGCAGAUCGCACGGUUGACACAGCAGGCCAGUGAAGGUCUCCGCCAGCGCAAGCCUGACUCGACCAGCGGCGCAAAGGGCCAGCUCGCCACCGCCACCCAGCAACAAACAGCCCCAGCAGGCGGUGUCUCUGUCCAGAUCACAGCAAUCUUGUGCCUGGUCAGCUUCCUUCUCGCCUACUUCUUGUUCUGAGCGUUUCUGCAAUACCCGGAGUGGAAGACAAAAGCCAUGCGCCUUGCGCCAACGACGAACCCGGAUCUUUGACGAGACGCAGAUUGUGGGGAAUCAGAAUGACGUAUGCACGAGCACAACGAGCGUUCUGGCGACGUAGACAAGCAAUGCAUGCAUGUUGGACGGUUUCUUUAUUUCUUGUGUUUGAACUUCUGCUACACUGGAGGCCUUUGGGCGGUAAUUGAGUACAGUAUCGAGUACGGUUAGGAGCGGCAUGGUAACGGGUGUCGAGUACUGUCGCACGAGCGUUCGAUGUAUCACCAAUACAAGAUGGCUUACCUGUUAUUAAGUAAAAAUGUGAGGCAUUGAGUAAUUGACAGCGGGUACUUCGCGCCUUGCUGAAACUUCUGAAGGCGACAAAUGUAAGGCGAUUUCUU